AUGGAAGAAGCAGCAGCGAUCGCGACUGAGUCGUACCCACCACCAACCCAGGAAAGCCGACGGGUAGAAGCACUAAAAUGGCGAAGCCUUUCAUACGAUGGGUUCUUAUUAAGGGGUCCAGGAGGUUUGAAUCGUCAAGAUCGUGUGGGAAUAGUGCGAGCAGGACGUGGUGGUAUUUCGCCAGGCUAUUGGUUUGCCAUCACGAAACGGAAAGACCGAAAUAGACGGUACAUGUACCGAAUGCAUUGUGAGCUGCGAAACGCUCCAUGGAACUUUCGCAGCAUACCAAGACGCCUAUCCGGCAGUCUUCAUAUGAGAAGCAAAAAUCUCAAGGCUGAAACCUCUAAAAAUCCUAAGAUCACUUCCUACACUACUUGGACACUACCUGCACUACCCACAUGA